UUCCAUGUUUCCUCUGCAACAUUGUUCCAUUAGUUAAUACGAGCUAAGGUUGAAUCUGAUGAUCUUAUAAAAGUGUGCAAGAAGGCAAACUUGUUCAAUAACAUAGCUGAGGCUGGAGUUUGGAUAGGGUGGCGAAGUGUUAUAGCCCGUGUUGCUCUUCUUGGUGGCUUGAGAUGGAUGUAAUUUCUCCAAGAGCUGCAAAAUCUGAUAAGAAAUUUACUGGUUUUAGAAAUUUAUGUUAUGGUUUAGUUGUUGUUGGGCUUGCUGCUAGUUUUAUUCUACUAAUACUAGUGAUUCUUGGGUUCACUGUAUUCAAACCAAAGAAUACAAUAACUAGAGUGAAUUCCAUAAAGCUAGAUGAGUUUCAUUUAUCUUUAGAUGUUCCUAAUUUAGUAGUAGAAUUGAAUGUUACACUUAGUCUUAAUCUCUCUGUUACGAAUCCUAACAGAGUUGCAGGAUUUAAGUAUGGGAAUGGUGGUGGUUCAUCUUCUGCUUUGUUGUAUUAUAAAGGAGAUGUUGUUGGGGAAACAAGAAUAUUUCCAGCAGCUGGCGGGGAAAUAUCUCCCGGAGAAACGGUUGGGUUGAACACGACUGUGACUGUUUUGGAUGAUCGAUCAAUAUCGAAUUUAGAUGUUUAUUCUGAUAUUAUGUCAGGUUUGUUGCCUGUGCGUACUUAUACGAGGAUUUCAGGGAGAGUUUCUGUUAUGAAAAUGUUUAAGCAUCAUUUGGUUUCAUAUUCAUCUUGUGAUAUAUGGUUGAAUGUUGUUAACCGAACCAUAGAUAAUUUCGGAUGUAAAUACUCUAAGAUCAAGCAGUUAUAAAUCGUGUUUUGA